AUGGAUAUUUUAAUGUUUCGAGGUCAUUUCAAACCACUCCUUGAAUCAAAGAUAAAAGAAGAUUCUUUAAAAGAAUUGUAUGAUUUGUUUGAAGACUCUGCAGUGAUUGAAUUUCCAUACCAAAGUAAAGAGUUGCCAAAUAGAUUAAAUGGUAUAGAAGAGAUUAAAAACUAUUAUAAAGAUUGGUCAUCUAUAUUUCAAUUUGAUGAUUUCCAAGUGACCAUAACCAAAGUCAAUGAUGACCAUAUCUAUGCAGAAACCAAAUCACUCGGUAGAAUCAUACCAACCAAUAAACCAUACAAUCAACAUUAUAUUUCAAUACUACACACCAAUCCAACAACCAAAAAGAUUAUAAAAUAUAUUGAAAUCUUUAAUCCAACCAUCAUUCAAGAUUCAUUUAAUCAAUAA